AUGUCCUGUACGGAUACCACAUCUACAAGUGAUCCUGGCAACAUCAAGAAGACAUCUAAGCAAGAACACCCGCUGAAAGUCCAGCAGACCUGCACUUUGACAGGGAAUCCAGAAAGUAGCAGGAGAGAUGACGGUGAGCACAUGAGAAAAAGCAGAGCAGCUAUUCCUUCUCUGUUGUAUCAUGGGCAACAGUGUGAGAUCAGGAACCCUGAAUAUCCAUCUAUGGGACAAAAGAGGAAAUGGCAGGCUGAGGGAGGAAACAACUUUCCCUCUGAGGAAGGACCUGAGCCUCAGAAGAAGGUAAAAGAAGAUAACCUUGAAAUCGACCCUGGGUGCAAACAGCUGGUCCAGGGUCAGAUACACAAUGCCCAGGAACUGGGUAGAGUACAGGGAAAGCCCAAAGAGUACACCCAAAACCAUCAGGAUGAAGCUACUGCUGAGGUGAAGCUUUCCGAUGGUGGCAAGGGAUGCAAGCGACCAUACUGCAACAUAGAACAACAUGUUGAGAAACACCACAAAGGAAAAUACCAAAGGUUGUUGGAAGAGCUUCAACCUAUUGAGACUGUGAGCUCUGACACUCACAGCACUCACUUAAGCCCUGUGGACACCUUGAAGGGCAUCAAAUCCUGUGUGGAAGGACAAAGUCACAGGUCCAAAACAAAUCACUCUGAGGCAAAACAGCCUGACAGUGAUGUCCCAGAAGAUCAGUUACCAAUCAAAGAUGGAGAAAGACGCUCAGAGGUGGAAAUCUGUCAUCCAGAAAAGAGGGACCAAGGAAACAUCCAAGAGGGGAAAAGGAGACACCACCCCCAGCCAGACUUCCUGGGAAGAGCCCAGACCCAGCUCUCCACAGACAGGGUCAGCAAAAACACCCUCAUCCAAAUCAAAGUGCCCAAAACACCAGAGGCCAACAAUCAAGAGGAGGGAGGAGAGCUGGACCGUGGCUCUGACAUCACAGCAGAAAUGGAGAAAGAAAUUCAAAAUGCCCUUGGCCCAGGGCCACAAGAUGAAGUUUUGAGUUGUGCUUUUAAACUGCACACUAGAACAGACAUGCACACACUUAAGGACAUGCAGUGGCUCAAUGAUGAAGUCAUCAACUUUUAUAUGAUCCUACUCAUGCAAAGAACUCAAACUCAAGGUUACCCCACACUGCACGCAUUUAACACCUUCCUUUAUACCAAACUAAAGAGGGGGUACAAAUCUGUAAAAAGGUGGACCCAGGCCAUAAACCUUUUUGAGAAAGAACUGAUUCUGGUGCCCAUACACCUGGAUGUCCACUGGAGCCUGGUGGUGGCAAAUUUAAGACGGAAGAGCGUUGUCUACUUAGACUCGAUGGGGCAGGAGAGACCUGACAUUCUUAAGCUGAUUUUCCACUAUCUGCAGGAUGAGAGCAAGGCGAGAAGGAAUAUAGAUCUGAACCCUUUGGACUGGAAGCAGUGCAGCAUGACAGCAGAGGAGAUUCCCCAGCAGCUGAAUGGAAGUGACUGUGGAAUGUUCAUGUGUAAAUACGCAGACUACAUCUCAAGAGGCCAGCCCAUCACCUUCUCUCAGAGGCAUGUGCCUCUGUUUAGGAAGAAGAUGGUGUGGGAAAUCCUGCACAGCUGCUUACUGUAG